AUACUGGGGUUCUGGCGGCUUGUAGUGCAAUGCAGGUUGACUAUAAAGAGCUUGAGGUAUGGCUCCACGGGAAGCUGAAACCCCUGUGUGUUGCUGAUCCGAUUCCACUUUCUCAGUAUGUAAUAGCCCUGAUAAAAAAGGACAAAGGCGAGCAGGAACUAAGAGAAAUAUGUAUUGACCAAUUGGAAGUAUUCUUGCAAGAAAAUACAGCAAAGUUCGUAGAGGAUUUGUUUGCUGUACUUAAAUCAAGAACAUAUGUUGCGUGUGAAACAUUAAAACAAACUCAGUCUUCGGACAACUCUUACCCAAAGGAUUCUUCUGGAAAAAACCCUUGUGGAAAUACUUUUGAUAAUGUACCAAAAGACAGGAAAAGACAUUUGACAAACAAUAACACUAACGUUCCAAAUGCCACGGACACUUGUGCUCCCAAGCAGAAACGAAAACGCUCACCGGAGAAUAAAGCAAAAAGAAUUUCGUCAGAUAGUCGUUCACGCAGUCCCCAUUCCCCAGGAAAACCAAUAAAUAAUGCAAGUACAACUAGCAGGCAACAUGGGAAAGAAAUUGAACCACAUGUAGAUUCCUGCAGUCGUGGACGUCAUAAUAACCACUCAGAAGAACCCAGCUUAAAAACAGUGGAUGGUCAUAUCAGACGCAAUUCAUCAGGUAGUUCAAAUGAAGAAGUAACCCAUUCAAAUACAAUUUCAUCGCGUCGGAAUAAGUAUAAUGAUUCAGAAUCACAUAAGUAUAACAGUCGUGAACGUAUCCACUCACGGCACAAAGAUGAGCAUAGCAAUCGUUCGUGUAAAUCUUUUGCGAAGUCUGUCACCGAUUACAGAGCAGUUGAUGAAAAGUGUCGAGCUGUAAGGUACCGUCGCUGUCGUGAUUUUGAAGAGCGUGGUUUUUGUGUAUAUGGAGACAGAUGUCAGUAUGACCACGGCCCGAAUGCUUUGGUAAUUUCGUCCGCUAAAUCUGCUGUGUCCGCCAUCGCUCAUCUCACAAACCCUCUGUUAGAUACUAAUCCACUCUCAAAUAAUACUGGGGAUUUACCAAUGAAUAUUGGAAAAGAGGCAUCAAAAUCUAGUACACUUCAGCCUCAAUCUUUUGUAGCAGCUGUUCUAUCUGGACCUACUGAACUUAACGAUUUAAAUCAACAUAUUGGUACUCCUCUUAUUCCUGUUUAUCACCCGACUCCAAUUAAUCAUCCAGAUAAUCAAAUGUUAAUGACCUGUUGCAUUGAUCAGUCAUCGGAUACUGGAUUACUUCCUCAGGUUUCUAACCCUUCUGUUUUGUAUAGUAAAUCCAAUUGGAAGCAUCCCCGUUUGCAGAAUAACAUGCAACAACGUUCUAAUAAUUUUCGCGUAUUUAACAAUGUCAACACUAUUAGUCGAAAUAUAGUUCCUUUGCCAAUGAUUCAAAAUACUAACAAUAAAGAUCAAACCGAAAUUAAUUCAGCUCCACCUGCCUAUGAACCAGAUCGACCACAUUUGUCCAUGAUUUCGACGUCCGAGUCUAAUAUUCUACAGUCUUGCGAUACUUCAGAUGUAGAACAUAAUGCCUCUACCCCACCAUUAUCAUAUAAACCCAGUCCUAUCACUGAACAAAUCAGUUCAUAUGCUGUAGUCCCAAAAACAUCAGGAGUAACAGAUCUUUCUUUGGAUAUCACUUCUCGAACUGUUGAUCCUCGUACUACUCUGUAUAUCGAUCGUCUUCCUUGGAAACUUAAUGAUGCGGAUAAAAUUCGUGAGCAUUUUGCUCAAUUUGGUCAUGUAAUAAACGUCAUUGCUAGAUACAAGGGCAUGGUAGGUUCCGCAGUGGUUGAGUUUUCUUCAUCAGAUGAAGCUGAGAAAGCCUAUCGAAGCCCCAUUCCUAUGUUUUCAAAUAGAUUUAUUCGAAUUUACACUCGUUUUCCAGAAAACUUCAAACACAAUGCUCGAAGCAUGACUAGUCGUUUCCCUCGUCCCAAGAGUAUACUGGAUCGUUUAGGAACACGACCUGUUCCUGGAAAUAAAAAGAUUAAUUCAUAUUCAUGGAUGAGUAUGACGAAUGACUGUAUAGAAAAUCAACACGUUCCUGGCAGCAUUCUUCCUGAUGAUACCAUCCAAAGGGGUAAUAGAUCUCGUUGGCGUUUAGAACGUAAUCCAACCAGUGGAGAUGCCUUAUUAUCGGGUGAUGAAGAAGACGAUUUAAUUGACGAAAAUCCGACCAUAGAUAGUCAUGAACGAAAUUCUGCCACUUUCAUCAAAGAACGUAGUAAAGCUUUUAAUCAAAGAAUUGAUAAAGUAGUAGAUAAUUAUGUUGAUCUUAAUGCCGAUCAAGAGUCAUUAUUAUUUACUCGUAAUCCUGAUACAGCAAGGCAAUUCAAUAAUAGUAAUAAUAUAACUGUUACGUCAAGUCCUUAUACUUUGUCGCAUAAACAAGAGGCUGAGGCAAUUCUUUGGGAGCGUCGUAAAAUGGCUGCAUUGAGACAACGUAAAGAACAACUUAUGCUUUUAGAUAAGGUACUUUUCUUACGUCAAGCUAAAAUAGAAUUUAAUCAUAUAUUUAUAUCUGAUUAUAUUUCAUUUUAAUAAUUCAAUUUCAGUGUGAUUUGUUUAUAUGUGAUAUACCUGGUUAUUUGAUAAAAGUCAACUAUUUACUUGAAUGUAGAAUUUAUUUCGUCAAAUAUCCCGCAUGUGAGAUCGUGGAUGCUCACUAUUGAUGUGUCCCAUCGUGGGACGACUGUCCAAUACUUCCAGGUUUUUGUCGGUGGUCUGGCUUAGAUCGACUCGUGAUUCCAACUGUGAAAAUAUUCUUUUAUCACUUAAUUUCAUUUUAAAAUGUCCAUGUUUUAUUUCUCUAGUCUCGUGAAGCCCGAGAAUCAGUGAUUGAGGCUCGAAAACAACGAAUUACUAAACUGAAGUUGCUUCUUGAAAAAGUGAUGAGUCAGUUGGAAAAUAAUCGUACUAGCGAAACAGACAAUUGUACAGAUUCGAAACCACUGACAUUGGAUGAAAGACGAAAAUUACUUACUGAAGCCAAACGGCUACAAACUGAGCUUGAAUCGACUUUGGAAGCUGAGAAGAAAGAUUUGGAUAUCCGAAGUUUAAACCGAGAAUCAAACAGCAAAAAAAUGUUCAUUUCAAAACCAUUAGGAAGCACAACAAUUAGUGCGGCCGCAUUACAAGCUUUACCGAGUCCAAUUCGAUUAGAAAGACAAAAACAAAUUUCUGAAAUUCAAAUCGAAAUCGAUAAAUUGGAAGCAAACCUACGUGAUGCAACUCAAGAUGAGGUUAAAUUAAAAGAAGGUCGUCGAAGGAUUGUAGAACUUAAACGCCAGCUUGUCGACUUGGAGACAGUCCGGCCAUCAGAUAUGUUUUUGUCUCAAAACACAAGCGGUUGUGCUCCCGGCGACAAUUCCGCAUACCCAAACAGAACUCAAACCAAACUUGAUAAGCGACCUCGAACUUUGUAUAUUACUGGCAUCGAACCAGAUGAUGUAGAAAACUUUCAAAAUGCCCUCUCAGUAUGUAUUUUGCUCUUAAAAAAUCUGUUUUCAUACCAAAAACAGUUUUUAAUAGCAUAUAUUAUUGUUACUAUGCUAAUAUAAUCACCUGUCUGGAAUGUGUUUUACGCUACUGUUGAAUAAAACAAAUAUUAAAUAGAGCUACUAUGAUGUCGAAAUUUCCCGUAUUCAUGUACUGUAAGAUCAAUGUAACUUGCUUGCGUAUCACUUCUCGGAUGACAUCUCUAUUCACACAGAUGUAAUAACUAUAUAUUUAUGUUCGAAUAUAAAUUAGUCAGCAGUCUCUGAACCUAGUAUUACUUCAUCGCAUUUAUGGCCUUGGUGUAAUAUUUGUGUCAGAUCAGUUUUUCUUUGUUCGCAUUUACAGCUCAUGGUGUUGGUCUGUGAGUAGUUAUUUAAGCUGGAAGUUAUCGAGUUCAUGAUUCAAGAAGUGAGUUUGUGGCGCCUUUCUUCUUCUGCUCUUCACUAUCUGCCUCUCAACACGUUAGUAUUCCCGCUAGAGUAUAUUUGACAAAUAUAUAACAACUAAUAUAAACCAGAAUGCUUUAUUACUAUUUAUGUAUAAACAGUUACGCAUAUACCUGUGCACAUGUUCAAAAAUGUGGAAAUUGUGUGUUACUCUUGAAAUUACCAACGACUUUCCAAUUGAUUCCACCAACGCAGGCACCUAGUUUCAAAGUGUGGCACAUCUUACACGUAGACUGUCCUAAAAAAUCAGGUGACUAAAUUCAAGAACUAGUACUAUCAAAGCUUUAUUUUCACUUUUGAAAUUUUAAAUGCCGAUCGGUUUUGACUUUUCCUGAAUUUCUCAUUAUACUUCAAGCUAAAUUACCUGCAUACACAAUCUUGUACAAAACAAACUAACCCUGAAACUAAUCAGUUAGUACUGGAAGUUACGUUUUGCACUCGUGAUUUCGCCGAGGCAGCUAUUCGUCUGUUUACCCAGUUUCAUGGACGUGACUUACAUAUGAGUUUUGUGUAUCCAGCACUGUCCGAAACCAAAUCUGGGAAUUUUACUGAUAAUGAUGUAAAAAAUGUAAGUUCGGUUUUAGAUUGUACUUUCUUCAUUUAUAAUCAUUUAAUCACAAAUUGUGUAGAUUCUUCAAUUUUCUUUACUUAUUUGUGUAUUUUGACUUGCCUUAUCUCGAUUCUGCGUCAUUUAAUUCAUAAUAGUUUAACGUAUAUCUCUAUCAUUUUUAACAACUAUUAGGAAGACGAUUUGGGAGGUUCCAUUUAGAAAGUUAAGUAGGUAAUAUUUUGUCACGUUUAGUAUUUCGUGACGUUUGUCAUUCCAUCAUUAUUAUAAUGGUCAUUUAAUCUAUAUAUCCCGUAUUAUUAUGAAAAAUGCUUGUAGAGUAUGGGAUUUCACUUAUUUCUUAGUUGUGUAUAAAUCAAAUCAUUUUCUUCAGUCGAAUUCCGUUCAUAUCUUUUUAUUUUUACAACUUCAAAGGUGAUUUCGUUGUUUAUCCUCGAUAAUUGAAUAUAUUUUAAAAUAAGUGUCCAUCAGAGUGUUUUGUAAUAGGGUCUUAAGGUUGUCAUACUAUUUUUCGUGAUAUGGUGUGUUUUAAUUUGAACAUUUCAUUUAACAAAUCGACCGAUUCGCAUUACUAACCUAUGUUCCUCAUUAUUAGGUUUCGUCCACACAAACCGAAACUUCAGACCAAUUACAAGCUAUCACAUCUUCAGAGUCUUUGGAUUAUUCUGCUCAUUCCAGCCCUACAUCUACUACUGCUCUGAAUACCAUGUCCUUAUGACUGACAUUCAGUUCCCUAUCCGAAUAUCGCUAGUGAUUUGUGUAGAAAGAAAUAACGUUCCUCAUGCGAUAUCUUCCGACAAUAACGUUUUCCUUGAGAAAAAUAUAUUUUAUUUAAACCUUUUC